GAUGGUAUACAAGAAUUUGCAGGAAUUGAGGAAGAGGAUUUUGAUGAUGAUUCUGAUGAAAUUGAUCGCUAUAUUAACACCAAGCUUUCAUUUUCAAGUGCUGACACGUUGUUAGGAUGGUGGAAUAAGCAUUCUUUAAUAUUUCCACAACUUGCUUUAUUAGCUAAGUCGUUAUUAGGCAUUCCUGCCAGUUCAGCUACAUCGGAACGUGUUUUUAGUUCAUCAGGUCGAAUAUUAGAAAAAAGAAGAUAG